AUGGACGAUCCAGCGCAUGAGACCCUGUACGCGACGGGGCUCGCGAUGCGCAAGCGAGUCGUCGGCGAGGAUUAUGUGGCGGCGGCCUUGGAGAAGGGGAGCAGUGAUUUCUUGAGACCGUGGCAGCAGUUGGCUACUGAAGCGGCGUGGGGCACCGUGUGGUCGCGGCCAGGCCUGGACUUGAAAACGCGCAGUUUGCUGAAUCUGGUCAUGUUGACGGCGCUGGGGAAGUGGACGGAGCUGGGUACGCAUAUGCGGGGCGCCGUGAGGAAUGGUGCGAGUGAGGUGGAGAUCAGAGAGGCGUUGUUGCAGGCUAGUAUUUAUUGUGGCAUGCCGGCGGGGAUGGAGGCGUUUAGGGUUGCGGACAGGGUUUUGAAUGAGAUGGAGGAAAGGGGCGAGAUUAAGCGUGAAAGGCAAGGAGUGUAAGUAAGAU